GCGCGCCUCAGCGAGCCGGUGCCACAGGGCCGCAGCUGGCCCAGAGCUGCAGCUCUAGGCGCAGUGCUGUUCUGCGGCGUCGUGUUCCUGACGGCUGCCUCGCUCGACCGGAGAGAGGGAGAUGCCUCCAGGGAGAUUGCUGGCGGCUCGGUGGCCCUGGAUGCCUCCGUGCAAGCCAAGCACAGACCUCAAGUGCCGCAAGGGCAAGACGUGAGCUCCCACGGCACGCCCUUUCGGACGAACCGGUCUGCGCAGGACCAUUCCAACUCCUCCCUGCGACUCCGCCCUGUGGUCUUCUUCCACGGCGCCGCCCAGGGAGCGGGAGAGUUCGAGUCCAUGCGGCAGUGGAUUGAGCGGCGCCACCCAG